AUGAGCAAGAAAUUCAAAUCACAGGCAUCAAGCGCCCGUGCUGCCUCUGCUACCUUUGGGUCGUCCUCCUUCGGUUUCGGCGCGCCCUCCAACGGCUUCAAGUCCGCAGCUUCGCCGUUGUCCUAUAUCACUGAGCAACCUGACCUCAGCGGCGUGUCUAAUCCUCACAUUAUCGUCGCCCUCCGCAACCUGGGCAAGAAAGAUAGCACUACGAAGGCCAAAGCACUAGAGGAGCUGCAGGAGCAUAUCAGCUCUGUCACGUCCGCUGACCAAAUCGAUUCCAGCUUACUCGAAGCAUGGGUCGGCCUAUAUCCUCGUACCUCUAUCGAUAAUUCUCGACGAGUUCGACAGCUUGCACAUGCCCUUCAGGGGUCCCUCACUGCGGUCUCCGGCAGACGAAUUGCGCCACUUCUAUCCAAGGUCGUCGGACCGUGGCUCUCUGGGGUCUACGACAGCGACAAGUUGGUGGCGCGGGCAGCUCAAGAUUCAAUUUCAACGGCAUUCAAAACUGAGGAGAGAAGGCGGGCAUUGUGGAAGAUCUACAAAGAUGCGCUCAUUGAAUAUGCUGAGGAUGCCAUAUUGGUCCAGACCCCCAAGACCUUAAGCGAUGAACGCUCGACAAGCCCCGAUGACGCUGAAACGAAAUUUGUGCGUGUUGUUGGAAAUGCCAUCUACAUGCUCCGUCAAGUUUUAAAGAGUAACUUCCCCGGAACCUCUGACGGAGGGGUGACUGAAGUGCCUGAAGGCCUCAAGAAGAUUGUGACAGACAAGGGUCUCUGGGAAUACUCCUACUCUGAAGAUCCUAAUCUACGCAGAGCCGUGUGUUCUCUGGUUGCCGUCUGCACAGAGACGGUUAGUGAACACCUGAGUUGGAACGCCAUAAGUACAUGCUUUAUCGGCAAAGCUCUGCACAGCAGUCAACUUGGCUCAUCGCGCCAACUAACAGAGGCACUUCUGCUCCUGACAGUGCACCGACCUGAGAUCUGGACCUCAGAUUACACAUCAAAGACAUCAGCAUCAAAAAGAUUGUUCCAGUAUAUGAGGAAUGGGUCGCAAAGAGGACCGGCGGAUUUUUGGACCACGAUUGCUACACUUCUCCGCCGAAUUCCCCUCGAAAUCUGGGCUCCGGACCACCUCGAUGGCACGAUUCAAUUGACAUCCGCAACAACUUUGGUCAAUACUUUCCGUGCUGGCGUGUCCCAUCCGGAAGAACCCCGCCAGAAUCUCCCGACUGCAUGGUCGGCCUACGCCAGCAUAUGCUUUUGGGUUCUGGACAUGCUCCAUGACGAAGAUUCGAAAUCCACCUUGACGAACGAAGAGCUAUUUCCUCUGGUGACCCAGUUCAUCUCCCAAAACGCACAGCAAACUUCCUGGAAACUACCCACAUCCUGUGACUUGCAGAUUUCAGCGAAGAUAUUGGCCAAUAUCCUCCAUCACGGCUUAAACUAUGUCUUUGAGACUGCGUGGCUAAGUUUGUGCCAGGAAGUUUCCGAUUGUAUAAAGCUGUCACUUCCAGAGACUUCCAAGGACUUUUCAAAGUCCCAGGAUGCUGUUGUUGCUCAAGCACAACGUCUGUUCCGUUUGAAGUCAUCUAUCUUGCAGCCUGAUGUUCUCAGCCAGGCUGAAAGGUCACAUGCACUGCGUGUCUUCGAGAAAGGUGAUGAGGAUUUGAUCCGUGUUGCAACGGACCUCUUGAGAACUCGGAACGGCAAGCCUUAUUCCGCGGCAUUUGUCCUCGAGAGCAUCACGGCUAACCCGGAGUCGCCGAGGCCUCAGUGGCUUGAAUCCUUCUUGACUUCAGAUGCCCUGGCUUUGCUCAGCAGCCCUUCUGCGGAAUAUAUUAUUGCCAUUAUUCUAGGCCGUGGUCAGAACAUUGAGCAAACUAUCUCAACCUUGAUCCAUUCUAGCGAAAACAAAUACUGUGCAAGUGCACUUUCAAGACUUCUCAGUCAGCUAUCAGAAGAAGAGCUCUCGGUGAAUUCCGAACUUGAAACCUUUGUUCUGCAUAAUAUUUCUGCUUCUCUUGGAGAAGAUUCUGUCCAACGAAUGACGCGGGCAAUUCUACAGAAUCCGAAGCUUCACGCUUCGAACUUUUGGAAAAGAUGUACCCAAUGUAUUCUUGCUCAGUUAUCUUCCGACACAGAUGCAGCGUCUCAACAGAGCACGCUCAAUUUCCUUCUUAGUCUCUUCAGCCGCCCUGAUACCGUCCAUCUAGUCUCAAGCGGCUUAGGAGGUGAGCUUCUAUCACGACUCCUCGUGUUAUCAGACUCCCAGCACCAUGACACGGCAGACUUGGCGAACUUAUUGAUAUCAAAGAUCAAAGCAGCACCUUCAGGCCAAGAUUCAGCUGCCACGACUUCCACCAUGGUCAUUGCGGACCAGCUUUCUGGCAAUGGUGUUCCAUUGUCUAUCUUUACGUUGAUCGACCUUGCGAAAGACACAUUGAAGAAUAAGCCGCUGGACAGCGCUGAGUCGGUACCAGGAAUCUUACCUUCUGCUGCUCAAUGGGGCGAUGCCCUCAGAAGUCAGAUUGGUGGAAGACGCCCUCGUUCGUUAGCUGUCACCAAUGCUCUCCAUGGUAUCAUAUUUCUGAUUGAGCAAAAAGAUGCUCGAGCACCGACUCGGCAUCUUCGAGAUAUGGAUGAAUUCUCUCUUCUGUUCCGACUCGUCUUAUAUGUCACCAGGAUUGCCUCCGACACUGAUAUUCUCUCGAGGUUAUCCGCAGAGCAAUUGGGUGUACUCUAUGUCCAUUACCCAUUGGCAUUACAGCUUGUGAAUGAGAAACUGACCAUGGAGUCAGCAAAUGAUAUCUGGCAGAACACAAGCAACGAGGUCGUUGAUGAAGCUGCAGACGUUCUCUCUCAGGGAAACUCGCUGGUGCAAAACUGGAUCCACGAUGAUGGCCUGAUCAAUACCUGGAUCGACGCAAUUCGCUCAACGGUCGGUCUGACGCCUCAGUCGUAUCUGACGGGUUUAGCAUUUACGGACAUUGCAUCCCGGUAUGCCGAUGAAUAUGGGUUGAGUCGCAUCUUAUCAUCCUUUAAUACCGAGAUGGAAGAGCUUCAUAGGGCGCCAGAGGCUAUACGAUCAGCAAGCCUGAUAUGUGUCUGUCGCGAUAAAGUCGUCAGUACUCAGCAAGGACGCAGGCUCCUCAAUGAGCUGAUCAGUAUGGGCACGGAUACGAAAUCUGAAGAUUCGGUUAUGGGACUACGCCCUCUCGUUCUGCUCGACUUACUCCUCGACGGCCGCUCAGAACCCUUGAAUGAAAUCCCUGGCCCACGGUUGAUCUUCUUCGCACAAAGGCUAUCCCGUGUAUUGAUUGAUGCGUCUGACGACCUGGGGUAUCAAACGGAGGCAAUGAGACUACUCGAUCCGGUUCUCUCCGCCUCCAAAGACGUCUAUGGUGCACAUUGGGACAACAUUUUACAACAUAUAGUUUCAUUGUGGCACGAUGGACACGAUUUGGCAGAUAACAUCCCUCUCCUGCAUGCUUCUCUCCGUCUGUACGGGCGUCUGAAACUUCUGGCAGAGUCUGACGCUUGCAACGAAGAUUUGGGAGAGUCGUGGACGGCAGCGCAGGUAUCUCUCGCAGAUGGCUUGGUGCAAUGCCUGGAAAUGUUCAAAAUACCGGAAGAAGAGACGAACCAACCACGCCGAAUGACUGCGGAACUGUUGCGAAGACAUCUUUUACAUAUUCCCGCUCGACAUGACGUGAAUAUGUAUCCCUUUCUGUCGUCCGCGGAGCCUGCAAUUCGGGGUGCCGCUUACGAUCUUCUGCAUCGUUCCAUCCCAGCAGAACAAGAGCACCUUUCGCUACAGCUUGCCCUGGAACAGAAAGUCGCCCAUCUUCCAAAUGAACUGCUGUCCCUCUUAUUAGAUACGCCAGGGGCAUCUGAACUAGGCCCCGGCUCAGUUCGUCAAACCUAUCUGCUUCGCUGGCACCUGGUCUUCGAUCACUUCACGAGGGCGUCAUAUAAACUUCGGGAGCGGUACACCUUAGAUAUCAAAGAACGGGACGUUCUUCCGAGGCUCCUUGAAGUCAUUUGUGAUAUUAGCCGCAUCACUACCAGUCGUCCGGUGGACGCUUCCAAAGCUGACCUGGAAACGUUUCGGCUGGGUUCUGACGAGAUGGACGGGACAGCUGAACGAAGCCUGGCCAUGCACUUGUACUAUUGCUGCCUGUUCUACCUUCCGAGUCUGACAAGGGGGUGGUUCCUCGAGCAGAAAAACAGAGUGAAACUGCCUCUAGAGAGCUGGACACAAAAGUACUUUUCUCCGUCCUUGAUUUCAGCCGCGAUUCGCACAGUCACAGAAUGGGUUGCCAGCCAGCCGCAGGAUGACAGCGAGGCCUCGGUGAGUGUCAAAGCAUCUCUCGGAGGAUCUGAAGUGGUAGCGUCGAUCGCCAUCGAUCCUGAGUCGCCUCCUAUUUCUCUGGCAAUCUCCCUCCCCGCCACCUAUCCUCUUGAGUCGCCCACCGUGUCUUCACGCACUCGAGUCGGUGUCUCGGAGAAGAAUUGGCAAUCCUGGCUCCGAACUUUUCAGAUCAUCAUCUUCAGCGAGGGAAGCAUUAUUGAGGGCCUAGUAGCAUUUCGACGCAACGUUCAAGGUGCCCUGAAAGGGCAAAGUGAGUGUGCCAUUUGCUACAGCAUCAUCGGCACGGAUAUGCAGACACCGAACAAGAGAUGUGGGACUUGCCGCAACACUUUCCAUGGCACAUGCCUCUUCAGGUGGUUCAAAAGCUCCAACAGCUCCAGUUGUCCGUUGUGUCGGAACAAUUUCAACUACGCCUGA